GGUCAUAGUCUUUUCAAGGAGCACAGCUCUCUCAUGCACUCAACAUUACCUCCUCUACCAGACUACCAGAGGGAAGUGAAUCCUUUGCACCGUGCACUCCACGAACUAGUCAAAAUAUUUUAAUAUAUGUUGCAUUAGAAAGCAAAAUAAAAAAAAUGUAAAAGAAUCAUAUAUAAUUCAUUUAAUUUUAUUUCCAGCGCUGGAGGGGACAUUGGAGAGGAUAUUUCUAUCCAGCUGAAGCUCCCCAACUGCUGACAUACAAGCUCCUACAUCCUGAAUGGCCUCUGGGUACACAAUGGGAGUCUGGUUGUGUUUGCUCUGUCUACAUAUAUGGACUGAGGCCAAACUUUCUGCACCUGUCUGAACAGAACCAGCUAAAGCACAAAUGCAGGAGAGCAAUGAAAAUGCAACGGCACAGUAAACAUCCAACAAGUAACCUGUGUAGCGGUAUAUAUUUGAGGAAUCUCUGCUGUUUUUGGCGUUCAAGUAUGAGAUGAGAAGCGAGAAAAGAGGCUUGAAAGAGACCCAGCAGGGAACAGACUGAAGCAGUGAGCAAAUCUACUUUUAAACCAACAAAAAGGAUGUUGAUGUUGAUCCUGCUUUUGUGGCUAAGCUUGUCCACAACAAGCGCAGCCCCUAACUCAAAGAAAUCACCCACGGAGGCGCCAAUACUUAUAACCGCACCGCCGACUGAAGCUAGAUCCCGCUUCGCCAUGCUAGAUGACGUGCGACUGCUGGCCAACGGUCUGCUUCAGCUCGGCCAGAGUCUCAGAGAGUUUGUGCACAAGACCAAGUCUCAGAUCAACGACAUCUUCCAGAAGCUCAACAUCUUUGAUCGUUCCUUCUACCAGCUCUCGGUGGUCACCAGCGAAAUUAAAGAAGAGGAGGAGAAGCUGAAGGAGACCACAAUAUUUUUGAAGGCCAAUAAUGAGGAGAUCAGAAACCUGUCAUUGGAGAUCAACUCAAAAAUCAACAACAUUCUCCAAGAGCGCAGCCAGUUGCACACUAAGGUCGGUGGGCUGGAGGAGAAGCUGAAGGGCUUGUCGCAGAGCAUGAUGCCUUUGGAGCAACUUCAAGAGAUCACUGCUUUGAAGGAUGUGAUUGAAACACAAGAAAGGACCAUUACAGAUCUGCUUAGAUCUGUUAAAGAGCAACAUGACCAGCUUAACUACCAGAAGAUCAAAAUUAAAAGUCUUGAAGAUAAGGUCAACUAUGACACUUUUCAAGACACCAUUGAAAAACCUAUGGAUUUAAACCCAGAAACCCCCGACCCUUUUCGGUACUUAACAACGAACUCAACAAAUGGAACUAAGGAUAUAAAUGAUUUUCCAGCAGACUGCAGUGAGGUGUUCACAAGAGGCCAGAAAACCAGUGGAAUUUACCCAAUCAAGCCCAAUCAAUCUGAGCCUUUCUAUGUUUACUGUGAGAUAACCCCUGACGGUGCAGCCACUGUCAUCCAGAGGAGGGAGGAUGGUUCGGUUGAUUUUGACCAGUCAUGGGAAAAAUAUGAACAUGGAUUUGGGAAACUAGAAAAGGAGUUCUGGCUUGGCUUAGCAAAGAUCCAUUCCAUUGCUCAACAAGGCGAAUACAUUUUACACAUUGAACUGGAGGACUGGAAGGAGGAAAAGAGAUUCAUCGAGUACACCUUCACGUUGGAAGGCCCUGCAUCUGACUAUGCCCUUCACUUGGCCCCUUUGUCUGGAGAUUUAUCCGACGCCAUGAGCAACCACACAGGCAUGAAGUUCUCAACCAAGGACAGAGACAACGAUAAUCAUGACGAGUCCAACUGUGCCCGCAACUACACAGGUGGUUGGUGGUUUGAUGCAUGUGGAGACACCAACUUAAAUGGAAGAUAUGCCUGGAUGAGAUCCAAGGCUCGUCACCAGCGCAGGAAAGGAAUCUACUGGAGGCCAUCCAAAGGAAGCUCAUAUACCCUCAAAUCCACAAAGAUCACCAUCAGACCAUCAACCCAAUUUCAAUAAUCCCUGACCCUAGACUCUCCAUUGGGAAAUUCAAAAUCAAUCAGUGAGGUCACACUGUCAGCAGACACCUGGCCAACAAAACGUUUCCCUUUCUCUAAAGACAGCCGAAACUGGAUGAUGCAAUGGAACUGCAACAGGUCAUUGACUCUGGAAGAGGUUAAAAACCAAGUCAAAGGGUUAUUGCAACACGCACGCAUGCGUUAGUUAGUCAGAUUAGAAAUUAGUAGCUUGUUGAUCAAGAAGUACUAAGACUGAACAGAUUCAAAUGACAAAUCACACCUUUGGAACAGAAUCUGGUGCAUGUUAUUAUAGCAAUAUGUAAAUCUGCAGUUUGCAGACCAUAUGCAUAUUAUUACAGAGCUACACUAUAUUCAACUAUACAGCUUAUAAAUGUCAUUUCACAUUGCAUGUUAACUUAAAGACAAUGUGCAACAGUAGAAAAGCAAAGGAUAACACUUUGUAAUAAGUUUCAUUACAUCAUAACUGUCAUGCUUUAACACACUUUAUAUUAUUUUAAAUACAAAAACUAAAUAUAUGCAUUUUUCAGUCACACUUUAUUUUGAUAGUCUGUUUGUUGAAUUUAAGUUACAUUGCAUCUACAUGCCAACUAAUUCUCAUUAGAUUAUAAGUAGACUGUUGGGGUUAGUGUAAGUUGACAUGUACUUGCAAUGUUUCUUAUAGUCAGUUAAAUGUCUGCUGAAGAAGCAGUAUCAACAGAUAUUAAGCAGACAAUCUACUAAUACUCAAAUGGACUAUCACAAUAAAGUGUUACCAAUUUUUCGUUUUCUAUUGAAAGUUAAUAUAAUUGAAGGUUAUUACAAAGUGUUACCAAAAAAUGUGGUGUUAUAGUUGGGUCUUCUGCAUGUCUCUUUCUGUUACUGAGUCAUAUUGACUCCUGGUUACGCUUUGUACAUACUCAGCUCUACUGUAUAUAUUUAGUUUACAGAAUGUUUCUCAGUGGUGUGGGGGUACAACAUAUUUAUAGUGACAAUAAGCCAAAAAAAUAAAAAAUAAAUAAAUCCUUUAAAUAAGCGGAUUAUUGAACUCGAGUGAGACUUGAAAUGUCUUCUAGGACUGGUUAUUACUGUAAAUUCCAUGGUAUAAUUAAAACAAACUCUCAACACAGAAUACAGCAUUCACAAAACUAUACUCAGGGGCUGGGACUAUUAAAAUAAACCAGAUCAUUUAAAAGUUUAGCUCAAGGGAAGGGGGAGAAGAGAACAAAUUGUUAACAGAAAAUAAAUAAAUAAUAGAGCAGGAGGACGGAUAAACGAUAAAUCAGAGCAAGAAUAUUGCCGGCAGUAAACCAUAACCCAAUCUACCCAGACAUCAGCACCCAAAUCAAGGCUGGCUAUGUAGAGAGUCCAGAGGAAGAUAACAAAGUUGGCGCAGGGUGAGAGCUGACAAACAUGUCCUCUGUAUGGCAGGUUAUGUCAACGUACACUGAAGAUAAGCAUCUUUGUCGGGCCAACCGUGACUAUAUCAGUAAACCUAAAAUAGCUUGAAGUAUACAGCGAAGCAGACUGCUUAAACACGGAUACAACGCUCAAGGUAUUUGUCAAUGAGAAAAACCAAAGACAACACUUUUUACUACAGAAAAAAGUACAUUUGGCAAAUUUAUUUGAUGAUAAGAGUGUGUAAAAUGCUUCAAUGUGUUGCAUGUACCAAUUUUCAAUUUUUUAUCACACAAGGAAACAUGUUUAUUGAGGAAUGCAGGAGAACGGCUGCUAAAUCAAAUCGAAGGGCGAACCGAUUAAAUAAUUUUUACUGUAGUCAACGCACACUUUACUUCAUGUGAGCUUUUUGUUUUUCUAUGUAUUUUUCCAAGUAAAAUAAAUAAUAAUAAAAACCUGUA